UGAAGUGUUGCCAUAGGAAAAGAGUUCUGCUCUACGCCACCUGCAGCCCAUUUCGAUCGCCAAUGGCGAAUUUUCGACUCUCGCCUCCGGCGGUAAAGUUUCUCCCUUGUCCAUACUCUUUUACUUUAGGCACUCUAAUAAAAACUAGAGAAAAAUUCUCAAAUCAGGUUCUUCGUAUCCUCUUCGAAAUCACAUAUGCGAUUUUUUGCAAUGCAGUAAGAAUGCUCUUUUAAGAAGGUGAUAAGCUUAUGUUCAUUAGUCAUAAGCUGUUCCAAUUUCCUGGUGAUCAGGUGAAUAGAAAUAAGCAACCAAUAACGUAAAUAACUUUUACGGCCUAUCGCAAUUACGCAAUUGCUUGUGGAAGAAUUCUUUACUGAGAUGAACUAAGUUAUAACAGACUAUCUCACUUAUACUGAGGAAGACUUUUAUUAACCUCAUUUGUGUAACGGAACGCUUUAUUAAAUUGUUUUGUCUUUAUUCAUUACAUAAUGUCCUAUUUAAAUUUCAAUGAUGUAUUCGUUCAGGGGUAGGAGAGGUAAUAAAACUCACUUACAUAUAUUCAACUAUAUAAACCUGCAUAUUGAAAAACCCUGCCAAUAUAAAGUAAAUUGCUUUCAUUGUAAUGGAAAAAAUAUAGAAAGUGCUUUUAAAAGGUUAUAUCCAUGCAGAUCUUAUUCAUAUAUUAUCUUUAUACAAAAAAUAAAUGUGGAGGGAAAGGAUAAAAAAAAAUAUUUUCUUCGGAACAGACAGUAAACAGAUUAUGUUUCCUGAAUGAUUUAUAUUAUUAUUAAGCUAUUCAUGCAAUGUGUGUUAAAUGCUUCCUGACAGAAGGAAGAAUUAUUAAAGACAAUAUCAUUUUAUGGGAUAGUAACAUUCUAUGUUCUAACACUACCAGCAAAUAGUGUCUGUGUGUCAUAGUGGUAAUGAUGUUCUAACACACAAAUAAUUUCAUACAAGAAAAUUUAAUGUUUGCAGUGAGUUGGCUUGUGAGUUUCCAAGUGUAGUUUCUUAGUACUCUGGUAGUGUAUGUCAUAUAAUUUUUUAAAGCAAACAAGAGUGACCAAUAGUUAAUACUUAUUUAUAUUAGCUAGAAAUUUAUUUCUUGCAGUACAUGUAAUCAGAAUUUUUCAUUAAAUUGUUCAUAUUUUUCUGCUCUUAUUUGAGAUACUUUGUUCAAGCAGCAUGGGCGAAAAAUGUUUUUCUCAGAAAAGUAAGCUUAUUGAACAUAGUGUUAUUCAUCCUGUAAGAAAAGCUUAUUCUUGUAGCAUAUGUGAUAAAAGUUUUUUAUGUACAGGUAAUCUAACUUCACACUUUCGUAUUCAUACUGGUGAUAAACCGUAUUCUUGCAGUGUAUGUAAAAAGAUAUUCUCACGAAGAGAUGCACUUACUAGACACAGUCGUGUUCAUACUGGUGAGAAACCUUAUUGUUGUAGUGUAUGUAAUAAGAAUUUUUCAAAAAGAGGUACACUGACUAUUCACAGUCGUGUUCAUACUGGUGAGAAACCUUUUUCUUGUAGUAUAUGUAAUAAGAGUUUUUCAGACAGGCGUGGACUGACUAUACACAGUCGUGUUCAUACUGGUGAGAAACCAUAUUCUUGUAGUGUCUGUAAUAAGAGUUUUUCAGGAAGAGGUACACUGAUUGUACACAGGCGUGUGCAUACUGGGGAGAAACCUUUUUCUUGUAGUGUAUGUCAUAAGAGUUUUUCAGACAGACGUGUACUGACUAUACAUAGUCGUGUUCAUACUGGUGAGAAACCGUAUUCUUGUAGUGUAUGUAAUAAGAGUUUUUCAGACAGAGGUACACUGUCUGGGCAUGAACGUGUUCAUACUGGGGAGAAACCUUUUUCAUGCAGUAUAUGUAAUAAGAGUUUUUCAAAAAGCUGUAAUUUGACUGAACACCGUCGUGUUCAUACUGGUGAGAAACGUUUUGUGAGAAACUUUUCUUGUAGUUUAUGUAAUAAGAGUUUUUCAGAAAGGGGUAAACUGACUAGACACAGUCGUAUUCAUACUGGUGAGAAACCUUAUCCUUGUAGUAUAUGUAUUAAGAGAUUUUCACAAAGAGAUGCACUUAUUGCACACAGUCGUGUUCAUACUGGGGAAAAACCUUUUUCUUGUGAUAUAUGUAAUAAGAGUUUCACACGAAGAAGUUCACUGACUGUACACAGUCAUCUUCAUACUGGGGAAAAACCUUUUUCUUGUAGCAUAUGUAAUAAAAGUUUUUCAAAAAGAUGUAAUUUGACUGAACAUAGUCGUGUUCACACUGGUGAGGAACCUUACUCUUGUGUUAUAUGCAAUAAGAGAUUUUCAGAUAGAGCUCAUCUCACUAUACAUAGUCGUGUUCAUACUGGUGAGAAACCUUAUUCUUGUGUUGUUUGUAAUAAGAGUUUUUCAAAGAAAGGUAAUCUGACUAAACACAUUCUUGCUCACGCUGUUUAGAAGCUUGCAUUUGUAAAAAUAAUAUGUUACAUAAGGACUAUCCAGGUAAUCAUGCUUGUAUUCAUACCUGUGAAAAACUUCAUCUUUGUAGCAUAUGUAAAAAGAGUUCUUUUAAAAACGCUGACUUCUGUUUGUAGUCGCAUUGGUGAGGAAACCUUUUUGUUGUAGCAUAAUGUAAUAAGAGUUUUUAUCUCAAAAAUGUCCUAUUAUAGAACAUAAUCUUUUUCAGAAAAAUGAUACACCAUAUUUUAGAAGUAUAUUUUAAAUGAGUUUUCAAUAAUACUGAUCUAAAUGUUUACAUUGGAGUUCAUACUUGCAGGGUUGAUUGUGCUCCAGAAAAAAUCCAGAUUUCCGGAUUUUUCACUAACGGUGAUCCGGAAGUUUCCGGAGAUGGAAGGUUCAGACGUUUCAAAAAAUCAUUGAUCACAAAAGUCUCUGGAAAUCAAAUUUUCAAAGGUGGCACUUAAAAACACA